AAAAAUACCCAAAAGAACUCCCCAUCAGCCCCAUAUAUUUCCAACCCAUUCCCCGUAAAAACGCCUUUAUUCCUGUCCAGAAUCACUGCCAAACAAUCGAUUAUCACUCCCCACAAUCGAUUAUCAGUUCCAUUAGAAACAUCUGCAGGUAGUAAUAAUCGAUUAUCCAUUUAAGAUAAUCGACUAUCACUCAUUCCCAGAAAAUCUGCAGCCUUCCAUAAUCGAUUAUCACUUCUUGUAAAUCGAUUGUUUAUUUCUCAUAAACUUCUGAAGCUCCUCCUGAGAAACUGAAUCACUUGACAAUCGAUUAUCCUACUUGGACAAUCGAUUAUCAUACAUCAAGGGAAACUCCUGCAGUCCUAUAUAAUCGAUUAUCACCAUACUGAUAAUCGACUAUUAACCCAUCCAGCAAAAGAAGGAGCUUGUUCCUUAAAUCCGAGCUUAAUACCGUUACACUCGGAGCUGAGAUAUAACAUUUGGUAUCAGAGCUUGUUGUUCCACAUCCCUCAAGGGGCCAAAACACCAUCUCCUACAUUUUCUCUUUUGAAACAUUUCUCACAUCAUCCGAGAUAUGUCUCAUUAUGAUGUAGUUGCUGCCCAAGAAAAGUUAAAGAAGGAAGUUGAGCUUAUGAUGAAACAAGUCAAGGAGCUCACUAAUUCAGUGGAGAUUCCCACGUUUGAAGGAAGAAAUGACCAGGAGAAGUUCUCAAAGUGGUUAGCAAAAGUUGAAGACGUCUUUACACUCAAAGACGUGCCCGAAGACAAGAAGGUCAAGCUAGUGGUGACUAAGUUUCAAAGACAUGCCUCUACUUGGUGGGCUAGCGUUGCUUCAAAACGAAAGCUCCAAGGAAAAGCGAAGGUGAGAACUUGGGAAAAGUUAAGAAAACUCUUAAUUGAGAGAUUUUCUUCCAAAGAUCAUCUCCACCAGGUACUUGAACAUACUCUCCCUUUUUCACCCCAUACUCUUUCUACACUCAUCCCACCUUCUCCACAACAAAAUCCGUUCCAUAUUGCCCUCUCUCCCACAACCUUAACCUCCUCUAAAUCCCGGUCCUCACAGAACUCUCAUGCAACCCAAAUCAUUCCCGAAGCCCCCACCAUCUUCAACACUCAAACUCCCUCUAAAGUUCCCUCUUUACCUUGCAUCCAUGCUGUCCAAAGCAUCUCUCACCCAACUCCCUCACACCUACCCAAAAUUCCUACUCAAACCUCUUUACCUUUCCUAGCCACUGCCCAAACUAACCCAACACCCCUUACCACAACCCUGCCCCAAAAUACCUCAAAACCCAUUUAUAUUUCAUCCCUGGCCACUGUCCAAACAAGCCCCAAAACCCUCUUCACACCCCUGCCUCCAAACUUGCAUAUAACCAUGCCUAUAAUUCCCCCUCAAACGGCCCUAACCAUUCCCACACCUACCCCUACACCCCCACUUGAAAAACCAACUGAAACCAUCCCUUUACCCUCCCAAAACACCCUCAAAGCCUCUCCCAUCCCCACAGUUCAGAACCCUGUUAAAACCAUAGGCCCUCCACCAAAAUCCAUGGUCAUACCCACACCAAAAAUCUGUCCAUCUAUUCCAAAGAAACCCCAUUGCUUCCACUCACGAAAGAUUGGUCAUCAUGCUUUUGAGUGUCCAAGUAAAGAUCAGAAGUCCUUGGUCCAAAGUGAAGAGAAAUCAGAGCUUUUGGGACGAAAGGAAGGACAGGCUGAUGUUAAAUCUCUAGGCCAAGAUAAAGGUGAACUUGUGGUCAUUACAAGACCAUUGAGUAGUUUGGCUGAUCAAAAUAAACUUGGAAUCAAACCCCUCUUGAAAUCCUGUUCCAUUGAAUGGCUCAACCACGGAAGAGAACUACGAGUGGAAUUGCGUAGUUUUUCUUUAUUUCAUAUUGACAGGCCAUGGACACCUAAUUUUGUGGAUAUGCAUUCAUUGAGAAAAGGGUUAUACGGCACUGUACAAGAAGAAACGGCACCACCUCCGCCCCCGAAAUCAAAAAAAGGUUUUGCCGGAAUAGUCGGUGGUCUUCUUGCAAAGAAAGGGAAGCGUGCUCAUUCUUUGACGAGUUCAAGUGGUACAACAGUAAGCUCGCACAACGAACUUGCUAUGUACCAGGGUGUGCCAUGCGAUUACGAUGAGGACGAAGUGGAUUUUGACGUGCUCGGAUGGUGGAAGCGGAACGAACAAAUGUUCCCAUGUCUCGGCAUGCUAGCAAGACAAGUGUUAUCCGUUCCGGUAUCAACCGUAGCAGUUGAACGAGAAUUCAGUGCUGGCGGCAACAUUCUAACCGACUAUCGAAGUUGUCUUAGCGCUGAAUAUCUUGAAACACUGGUUUGCAAUCAAGAUUGGCUCUUGGCAAGACGUAGAGCUCAAGAGGCUUCGUACCAACUCGAAUUGGAGCAUUACAUGAAUGCAACAACAGAUGGAAGUCCGAGUUCUGAAGAAUAAGUUAUAAUUUUUUUAUUUCAUUUUUUCCUUAAACAAUUUCAAAUUUAAAAUUUUAUACUUUAAAAAUUUUUUAAAAAGCAAAAAAAAAAAAAUAGGGGGCGGGGG